AUGCUGUCAUGUUCUAGCAUCAUAUGCUCGAUUUCUCUGGAUGCUGAAGAAGAAGAGGAAGAGGAAGAGGAAGAGGAAGAAAGAGACCUAUAUGGCAUGGACCGCAGGAGCCCAUCACCAAAGUUCUUUGAAGGAGCUUCUAAUUGGCCUCCUCUAGCUGCAGCUUCUGUAUCUAAUAACCUCUCUGUGGUCUUCUGUUCCUUUUUUCGUUUUCCGGGGGGGAAUGGUGAUAAUAAUCAGUUGCAACCGUGGGAGUUUUUGCUCGGAGCUGGGAAUAUGAUCUCAUGGAAUUCAUUCAUUACAGCCGUUGAUUACUUUGAAUUUCUCUAUCCAAACAAACACAUUGACAAGGUUUUCUCUGUGGCUUACAUGGGUUCAACGCUACUGAUGCUUGUUCUUCUGAAUUGUUGGCCUACUUGGAAACAAUUACCUAUUUCUCCUAAGAAUGAGCCUCAAGAGAGGCCACAUAUAGCUUAUGUGGUUCUUGUUUUGGCCCUGGUGGUGUGUAGUCUAGCCGAUGGGUUGACCGCAGGAAGCUUGAUCAGAGCCACCAGGGAACUGCCGGGACGUUACAUGCAGGCAGUUUUUGCAGGCAAUGCGUCUUCAGGUAUCAAAUUUCUGAAACUCGUCGGAGGCAGACUCCUGCACCAGAGUGGUUUUCGUCGGCAGUAA